AAAGGCAACAUUCCAAACCGCGUUUGGUAUUUCGUGUUAUCCACUUAUAUAUAUAAAUUCUCAAAGUCAAGCACAACCCACAAAAACACAUCUCAACAAUUCUCUCGAAUCAUCCGCCAAACUCGAGAUAAUUUUCAGCCAUGACAGGAUCCCAAGAAGAGACUCACCAGCCUCACACCGUUGAUCAAGAACAUCCCAAAACAGUAGAAACAGAGCACCAACAACAACAACAAGAAGAACAUCCUUCAUCGUCUUCGUCUCCGGAUCAGAAGAAAUGGGGUACUCACGUGAUGGGAGCUCCGGCAGCUCCCGUGGCUCAUCCCGAUAACCAGCAGGCUGCCGCUUGGGUCGCUGGUGAUAACCGGCAGAUGCCGCACCAACCUUACAUCGUCUACUCUCCUGUUGAACAUCCUCCGUCUAACAACCCUCUCGAGCCCGUCAUCGGAAUGUUCCAUACUUGGAGCCGCAAGGCUGAAACCGUCGCUCGCAACAUCUGGCACAAUCUGAAGACGGGACCGUCUAUGCCGGAAACGGCGUGGGGAAAGGUUAACCUGACGGCGAAAGCGAUAACAAAGGGAGGUUUCGAGUCUCUCUUCAGGCAGAUAUUUGGAACGGACCCGAACGAGAAGCUGAAGAAGACUUUCGCAUGUUAUCUCUCCACGACAACAGGCCCUGUCGCUGGAACUUUGUAUCUCUCGAACGUUCGCGUCGCUUUCUGUAGCGACCGUCCUCUCUUCUUCACCGCGCCUUCCGGACAAGAAGCUUGGAGUUACUACAGGGUGGUGGUACCGUUGGUGAAUAUUGCGACGGUUAAUCCGGUAGUAGUAAAGGAGGAUCCACCGGAAAAGUAUAUUCAGGUGACGACCGUGGACGGACAUGACUUCUGGUUCAUGGGUUUUGUGAAUUACGAGAAGGCUUCUCAUCAUUUGCUGACUAGUGUCUCGGAUUCUCAUACCGCUCCUACCUAUGCGUCUGGUUAGAGAAAUAUAUUACAGUGUUUGUAUCUUGUUAAUUUGCUUUCUUUUGUAUGUGUGUGGUUGGUUUCUACUGCCGAUUUUCUUUAUAUAUGUUUAUGUAAGUUUGAUACUAUAGUUGGACUUUUUGCAAGUCUUGAAUUUAAAUACAUCUAUGUUUCGAUUAGAGUUUGUUUUUCACUUAUGUGUAAAUGAUAAAUCCUUCUGUUA